AUGGCUCAAAACUGCGUUGCAACGGGGUGCAAACCACCAGAUAGUCCUUGUUGUUCUCGAUAUGGCUUUUGUGGUGGCACAGCUGAGCACUGUGAUGCUGCUGAUGGAUGUCAAACAGGCUGUUGGCCUGCAAGCAAUAAAACCAAACUUUAUCAUCAUUGCAUCACUUUUCGAUAUCGUCCUAAAGUGACACAAGCUCAGAUUGAUUCAGUUACCAAAGCUUAUAUUGAUGUUGAAAAUAAAGCUUUGAUAAAUGGAAAAAAGUACAUAAAAAUUGCUGGUGGUCGUACAAUUAGUACUAAGGGUAUAGAAAGCAACUUCAGAAAUGGAUUUGUACUCACAUUUACUAGUGCUGCUGAUCGAUUCCAUUUAAUGUGUUGUGAAAAAGCUCAUCAAGACUUUGGUAACUUUAUGGGUCAAUAUGUUACACAGAUAGGAUAUAAUGUUGGAUUCGAUUUUGAAGAAGAGAUUUCUACUUAA